AAAGAAAACCGUAGUCAUAUACCUAUCACUGACAAAUAUUAAUAUCUUGUGAGAGAAAUUGAAAUGGGUGAGGAAUAUGGCAUUAUAUCGAAGGAGACAGUAAAGCCAUCUUCCCAAACCCCUAUUCAGCACUUCAAACUCUCUUUUCUCGACCAAUUGGCUCCUUCAUUCCAUGUUCCCAUUCUGCUCUUUUACUCUGCCUCUGAUGUUAGAACCUUUGCUGCCACUGACCACAGUGCACUGUCACAAAAGUUGAAAACUUCUCUGUCACAAGUCCUCACUCUCUAUUACCCAUUUUGCGGAAGACUCAGAAACUCUUCAAUCAUUGAGUGCAACGACGAGGGUGUUCUUUUCAUCCACUCUAAACUCCCCAUUGAGCUCUCAAACAUUCUCCAAAACCCUCAACUUCACACCCUCUAUGAACUUCUCCCAUGUCCUCCUUACAACCUUGAACCACAACAAAGGGACACGUUCGGGAUCAUGGCAGUUCAGUUGAGCCAAUUCAAGUGUGGGGGCAUAGCCCUUGGCGUGUGCUUCUCACACAAGAUCGCUGAUGCUUCCACUGCAGCAUCGUUUCUCAACGCUUGGGCUGCAACAUCACGUGGACACGGCAAUAGCAACCUCGUUCCACCUCCAAUGGAAGAGGCAAGUCUGCUUUUCCCAUCGAGGAACAUAUCCGUUGACAUGACAAGUGGCAUGGUUGGCCAAGAAAAGACUGUGACAAAGAGAUUCAUAUUUAGUGGCAGCAGUAUUUCUAGAUUGAGACAAACCAUAGGGUGCCCCAGAUUCAAUCCCUCACGCGUUGAAGCCGUGACGACGCUGCUAUGGAAAUCAUCACUGGAAGCAGCAAAAGAAAGUUUAGAUUCUGGGGAAGAAAAAAUUGUUGCUUCUGCGGUAUCCCACACUGNCAAAUCAACAAUUCAACAUACUUACAUCAACUAG